UGUUUACCAUAUACGUAAUCUAUCAGUUCUGUUUUGAUCGUUCAAUGGGAGGAAAAGCUUUCACAAUUAAGAGAACCAUUAAAAAAGCUUCGCAUAUGCUUAUCUAUCGUUUUUUUUUUUAUUUUUUUAAGUUCUAAGAUCUUAUAUAUACCUCAAACUUUGGCAAACUCAUUUCAGUUCUCUUUGUGCUUUCUACAAAUUAAAUACGUUCGAGCUUGUUUACCUUCUCUAAAUCAAGACGCAAAUUUAUAUUGAAAUCAAGUCUUGGCAAACUUUUCUGUUCCAAAAGUGAAUAUUAUAUAAGAGUGGUUGAUAAAAGAAAAGAUCUCUCUUUAACGAUCCGAAACAUUAAGCGAAUACCUAAGGAAUUUAAUCAAGAGCAAUGCUGCUAACUCUAGCCUUAUUGGGCGUGGUCCUAUUCCUGGCCUAUAGCUUCUACCACAACUCCUACACAUACUGGGCCAGAAAGGGAGUGCCACAUGAGCGCCCUCUACCGCUGAUUGGUAACAUGGCGGGAGUCGGAUCGAAGUAUCAUUUCCGUGACAUUAACCAGAGGAUCUACGAUAAGUUUAAGGGCCAAGCUCCUUUUGCUGGAAUGUUUAUGUUCUUCAAGCGAACAGCCAUGAUCACAGAUCUAGAUCUUAUCAAGCAAGUGCUAAUCAAGGACUUUCAUCACUUUCAAGAUCGUGGAAUAUUCAACAAUCCCCGGGAUGAUCCCCUGACAGGGCAUCUGUUGACCCUGGAGGGCGAUGAGUGGAAAUCGAUGAGGCAGAAGCUCACUCCCGUUUUCACCUCCGGAAAGAUGAAGCACAUGUCGGGUGUGGUUGUGGAGGUGGGCCAUCGCCUAGCCGAUGCCAUGGACAAGGCCUUACAAGCGGCCAAAGUAGAAGAUGGCGAUGUGGAGAUCAAAGACCUCUGUGCCAGGUUCACCACAGAUGUCAUUGGUUCCUGUGCCUUUGGCUUGGAGUGCUACAGUCUUCAGGAUCCCAAUGCUGAGUUCCGGGAGAAGGGUCGCAUGGUCUUUGAGAAACCCCGCCACUCAAUGCUAGUACAAGCUUUUAUUUUCACCAAUGCCAAGUUGGCUAAGAAGUUGCGGAUGAAGGUACUACGAGAUGAUCUCACUGAAUUCUUCCUGUCGGCGGUGAAAAACACGGUGGAUUACCGCCUUAAGAACGGCAUUAAGCGAAACGACUUUAUGGAUCAGUUAAUAGAACUCCGAGCGGAAGAUCAGGAAGCGGCUAAAAGUGGUAAAAGAAUCGACCUGUCCCAUGGCCUGACCCUGGAGCAAAUGGCUGCUCAAGCCUUUGUGUUCUUUGUGGCCGGAUUCGAGACCUCUUCCAGUACCAUGGCUUUCUGUUUGUAUGAACUGGCCCUGCAGCCGGAGAUACAGCAAAAGGUUAGAGACGAGAUAGAGAGGGUUUUGGAUGGGGAGGAGAUUACCUACGAUGCCUUGGCCGAAAUGACCUAUCUGGAACAGGUCAUAGCGGAAACUCUUCGCAAGCAUCCAAUUAUUCCGCAACUUUUGCGCGAAACCAAUGAGAGCUAUCAAGUUCCGGAUACAGAUUUCGUUAUCGAGAAGGGAACUACAGUGCUGAUACCCAUCCACAACAUCCACCACGAUGCGGACUUGUAUCCAGAUCCCGAGCGCUUCGAUCCCAGUCGUUUUGAGCCGGAGAAGGCAAAGUCCCGUCAUCCAUUUUCCUAUUUGCCAUUCGGCGAUGGUCCUCGUAACUGCAUUGGCUUGCGUUUUGGCAAAAUGCAGGCCAAGAUUGGCAUUGUUUCUUUGUUGAAGAGGUUCAAAUUUGUCAUUUCGAAGUCAACUGAGGUUCCCCUGACCUUGGACACUCGCAGUCCCACUUUGUCUUCCAAAUAUGGCAUUCAUUUGAAAGUGGAACGUAUCUAAGCACUUAAAUAUUAAAUUAUUAUUAUUACUCAAAAUA